UUGAUACUCCAAUAAUUUUUUUCCCGCCGCAGCCAUUUUCUAGAUCGACCCGCAGACUAGAAGGCUCGUAGACCUUGCAAGAUCUCUAAAUACUACAAAGAACUCCGCUCCCGCUACCGCCAUUGAAACACAGCCGAAAUGUCCAACAGCGCGACAAUGCGUCGUCACAUUCCUCUCGAAGACGAUAUUACGACCGCAGGCGGUCGGUUACGUACCAAGUCGGUGACGGGCAAGAGAAAAGCUAGGUCCGACGAAAAUGCUCAGGGUGAUGGAUACAUCGACGCCAAAUCGUCCAGAAAGAUUCUGGCAAUGGCACAGGAUCUUGAAGAGGAAGAUGACCAAGAUCGCCAGGCAGCCGCUGCAAAGGCCGUCUCAACCUCAAAUGCCGCCUUCGGCUUCGAUUUCAGAUUUGCGGGCGAUGCUGAUGAUGCAGAAGGCGGUGCUGGGCCCCAGUACAAUGACGAAGAAGAAUGGGAGCCGGAGGAAGAAGAGGUGGUUGCUGAAGAAGAUGUAGAUCCCGAAGACAUGGCAGUUUACAAGAAAUUCUUACAAGACGGGGAAGAACUGGCAGAUUUUGCGCCGUCAAUAGCAAACCUGACGACAGGAGAACGACAUUCAGCAGAUGACGUCGAAGCCGAAGAGGAGGACGAGGAACGCGGUCAAACCACAAACCUUACAGACUUGAUCCUACAACGCAUUGCCGAAAAAGAAGCACUCGAGGCAGCCCGUAACGCCGGAACGCAGCAACAGGUCUUCAUCGGUGGAGGCCAUCCCGAUGAUGCAGUCGAGAUUCCUGCCAAAGUGGUUGAAACGUUCACCAAGGUUGGCCAACUCCUGACCCGGUACAAGUCUGGGCCAUUGCCCAAGCCUUUCAAAGUCCUCCCAACUCUUCCACAAUGGCCAGAAUUGCUUUCUAUAACACGACCAGAAAACUGGACACCUCAUGCUGUAUACCGCGCCACGAAGAUCUUUAUCUCCGCUCCAACUGCAAAAGGUCAGUAUUUCUGUUCAAAUGUCCUACUCGACAGCGUUCGGGAAGGCAUAUCAGAAAACAAGAAACUCAAUGUUCACUUGUACAACGCCAUGAAAGAAACCUUCUACCGACCAUCGGCCUUCUUCAAGGGCUUUCUGUUCCCGUUAGUGGAAUCUGGUUGCACGUUACGCGAGGCACAUAUCGUUUCCUCGGUACUGGCCAAGAUCAAGAUACCCGUCUUGCACUCCGCUGCGGCUUUACUACGUCUAUGCGAGAUCUCUGCUGAACAGACUUCGAAUAUCAACAGCGAAGCUGCUGGUGCAGCGAACAUCUUCAUCCGCGUGUUAUUGGGCAAGAAAUACGCACUGCCAUAUAAAGUGGUGGAUGCUCUGGUAUUUCACUUUCUUCGCUUCCGCGCAUCAAAAGACCCCAACUCGGAACAGCUGGCAAGCAAGGAAGCUAAACUGCCUGUUCUGUGGCAUCAAAGCCUGUUGAUCUUUGCUCAGACGUACAGGAAUGAGAUUACGGAGGAUCAGCGCGAAGCACUACUGGAUCUUCUCCUUGCCCGAGGUCAUAAGGAUAUUGGGCCAGAAGUGAGGCGCGAACUUGUGGCUGGUCGCAACCGAGCUGCUGAGGGACAGGGAGAUGCAGAAAUGGUCGUCGACCAGGAGAUCAAGGACGAUGGCGAUGAUACCAUGGACGUCACCAUUUGAUCAGUUUCAACGAUAUGUUAUGAGACCAUCACGAAUGAUAUGUCAAUUUCCCGUUGUUAGGGAUCAUGUAUCAGCAGAAUGCUUUUCUUUGUCGUUCCAGUCCUUCACGAAGUGGUGGUGUGUAGCUUGUCAAUUACGGCCAGUUGGCAUCGUCUCGCUGUGUGAGAGGCUCCCUCGACCUUUUCAUGGUGUAUGGCUUAGGGCGAGGC